AGACCUGCCAGAAUUAAAACAAUCUUCCGCCUCAUCCUGAAUGUUUGACGGCUGUCUUUGUGCCGAGCAGACGGAGGAUGCUGUAAUGAGAGUCGGAUGCCAGAAGUUGUUUGACCUGUAGUCCGAGUUUUCCUCCAACUGCUCUUUACAUCCUCACCGACCUGAAAGUCCAGUUUCUCAGCGAGAGGCCAGUGCUGCACAUGGCUCAGGAGGAGAAUAAGCGUCUGGUGGUGGUGGUCCCAAACGAGAUGUCCGUUCCGUCACGCCGUUCCUUCACCAGUGAAGAUGAAGCCUGGAAGUCUUACCUGGAGAACCCGCUGACUGCUGCCACCAAAGCCAUGAUGAGCAUCAAUGGAGACGAAGACAGCGUGGCUGCCCUGGGUCUCCUUUAUGAUUAUUAUAAGGUUCCUAAAGAGAAGAGGAUCCUACCAGUCUCCAAACUCCCAGACGAUCAUGAUAAGAGGAAUGGUCAUGAUAGCCUUGAAUCCACUGACUAUCAUGUUCAAGUCUUGAAGUCACUUCCUGUCAACCUGUCUCUGAACACUGAUGCUCACACUGCAGAAAGUAAACAAGAUCUGUUCGGUGCAGCGGGUGUCGUGGCCACUGUGAAGGCUGAGGUUUAUGCUCAAGCAUUCGCCGGCCAUCACCAACAGCAGGGCCUUCAGUAUCAACGCAUGCCAUACCACCAACCUUUGCAGGAGGCGGCGAGUGUCAGCCAUGACGGCUACUUGAAGGAAGAACAGUGCAGCACUCCAGAUAGCACCUUUGAUGACUCAUACCCUGAAGAAACUAUGAAGUACAGGGUGCCCACCACACUAGGUGCCCAAGAUUUCACCCAGGAGCAUCCAGGGGUAGACAUGUUUCAAUACACGAUAGAAGCCAGUCGCUCGGCUCGCGAGAAGGCCGGUGAGGGGCCUAUGAUCUAUCUGAACAAGGGCCAGUUCUACGGCAUCACUCUCAGCGAGACCGGAGCCAAUAAAGGCCUUCGUCAUCCCAUCAGUAAAGUGCGGAGUGUGGUGAUGGUGGUGUUCGGGCAGGAGAAGUGUCGAGAUGAACAGCUGAAGCACUGGAACUAUUGGCACACCCGCCAGCACACGGCCAAGCAGAGAGUCAUUGACAUAGCUGACUAUAAAGAGAGCUUUAACACCAUCACUAACAUUGAAGAAAUCGCUUACAACGCCGUUUCCUUCACCUGGGAUGUCAAUGAAGAAGCAAAGGUUUUCAUAACUGCAAACUGUCUGAGCACAGAUUUCUCCUCGCAGAAGGGAGUAAAAGGACUUCCGCUUAUGAUCCAGAUAGACACGUACAGUUAUAAUAACCGAAGUAACAGACCCAUCCAUAGAGCCUGCUCCCAAAUCAAGGUCUUUUGUGACAAGGGAGCUGAGAGAAAAAUACGUGAUGAGGAGAAAAAGCAGCUCCGGAAGAAGGUCAAAGGUCAGGCUGUUGGUGGACAAGGUCAUGACGGUAAGAGAGGAAGUUUCACAGCAUUACCUCAGAGGAAAUCAGAUAUUACACUUUUCAAAACCAUGUCGGACCUGGAGUCUCAGCCAGUCCUUUUCAUCCCUGACGUUCAUUUGAGCAACCUCCAGAGAGCCGGUCAGGUGUUCAGUUAUGGCGUUGAAGAAAAGGAGAGUGACGGGGUGGGAAUGAAAAGAAUGUUUAGAUCUUCAGAGGCUGAUAUUUGUUCUACACCCGCCAAAUACAGCAGAGAAGAGACGAGAGUCCUGCUGUACGUGAGGAGGGAAGCCGAUGAGGUUUUUGAUGCACUAAUGCUCAAGUCUCCAACACUGAAGAGUUUGCUUGAGGCAAUAUCAGGGAAAUAUUCUGUUCCUGUGGAGAAGAUGACUAAAAUCUACAAGAAAAGUAGGAAAGGUAUCCUGGUCAACAUGGACGACAACAUAAUUAAGAACUAUUGCAACGAGGACACCUUCAUCUUGGCCAUUGAAAGCCAGGCUGACUGUUUCCGGGUCACUCUCACCGAAAUAUAAAUGUGCCCUGAUCACAUGAUUCUGGGAUGGAAUGGGACCCCAAAGAAGCACAUCACUCAUUCUGCACAUCAGUGCUCAGUUUGACUAAUUGGCAUUAGCGGAGGAAAAUGUCUUUGGAAUUCAUUUACUAGGGAUAUGCACUUCAGUGGAGUUUCUGGUAGAGUUUAACAUGAACUUGACAAUGAACUACAUAUAAAACACUUUUCACUUUUCAUCAUAUGCCAGUCAAGUUUCAUUUUUAGACUUUUGGUUAUAUGGUGUCUCCCCCUUGUGGCCUACAGGAUGAACAUUUACACUAAGUAGCUGACUGCUUUACUGUUAAUAAAAAAAUUCUUUAUAAGUAUCAAAUAUUUACCCUUCAGGAGAUCAUUACCCUUAAUAACAUCAAAAACUGGCCCAAAUGUUGCCUGCCGUAAGCAAGCAUGUUUAUUGCACAUGCCAAGCAAUCUUUACCUAAUGUGUUAUUUGGAAUGCAUGUGUAGUUUACAUACAGUCGUGAUUGUGAUGUAUGUUGUUGUCUUGAUGUCUUUUUUAAAACAUAAUUUGUAUAUAUUUUUAUGCCGUUAUUUUAUCUGUUGAAUAAACUCACAAGUAUAUUCA